CCCGGAACUUUUGAGCCCCGGCGUCCGAGCCCCAGAGUGCUGCCCCGCGCGCGCAGGGUCCUCCCACCCCCCCGGGUAUCAAGGCCCCGGGUCCAGGCCAGGGCGGCGCCCGGCCGGAGCAACCCCGAGUGAGCAGGUCUGCGGAUUGCGGCAUGGAGUGUCCACGGUGUAGGCAUGUCUCCUGCGAGAACGCGCCCAUAUUCUGCAGCCAGUGUGGGCAGAGGCUGGUUCCCGCAGCCCCUGUGCCAGAUUCUGAAAACAACAACUCUUUGGUAGGGGCAUCAGCCCCAGAGGGAAAGAUGGAGCAGGAGGAGGCCCUGAAAGAGGAGGAGGCCCUGCCCAUGUCCCCAGGCUCCCGUGAGGGGCAGGAAGACCCAGAUGAUGGCACCUGGACUGUCCAAAUGGAAGAGGCCACAGAGGUUGCUGUGGAUGCUUCUGAGGACACAGCUGAUGAGUUGGAAGGUGCUGAGUACCCUCCGUGCAAGAGAAGAAAGGACGCAGCUGGGUUUGAGAUCUCAGAUGCUGAGCAGAGUAAAAAGAAGAAGAAGAAGAAGAAGAUAAAGGGCCAGAGUGCCCCCACCCCCACUUCCCUGGAGCCGAGCUCCUUGUCUUCCAUGUCCUCUGGUCCCUGGAGUCUGGAUUUGCCUUCUAUCCCUGCAUCCCGGGACUCAGCCCUGCCCCAGAGCCAAGCCCAGCAUGGCAGUCCAAGCAGCCAGCCCAGCCAGUCUCUGGCCAUGGCAGAGAUGCCCCUGGAGGAGGACAGCUCCGUCCUUUGUGCCGCGGGUAGCGGUCCUCUUCAGGGUCAGACUGCAGGCAGCGCUGAAGGCAAGGAUGGCGGAGUGGGAGAUGCGACUCAGAACAGCCCUGAUCCCAGCACCCACACGGAAGUUAAGGGCCUCAACAGCUCCAAGCCCCCAGCAGACAAGGGCUUUUCCCAAGAAGGGGGCUGCGACCCAACCCCUUCUGCCAGCAGAGGCCACCCCAAGGCCAAGGCUACAGAUGUUACCCAGAAGGUCCCAGUACCUGAAUCUAAGGUGGACAAGUCUGAGCCCCAGGAUGAAGAGCCUGCUGUGCCCAGGCAGCCUGCCUCCAGGGUAAUUGAUGCCACGGCUGAGCCAGUUAGUCCAGCAAACAAGGCCAGGAAAGAAACGGAAGAGGCUCGGAAGCUAGAACCACCACCUGUGAGCUCCACUGCCUCCAAGGGCUUGUUCCAGGAGGCUGAACCUAAGGGCCAAUCAGCUGUCACUGUCCAGAAAACAGGCGAAAAUGAGAACGUAAAGAACAGAAAACCAGAAGACCAGAAAAAGGCAGAUGGGAACAGAAAUUAUGCAGCUACCGUGAAAAACAAAACAGAGCAGAAGGCCGCGCCGGAGGCUCUAGUGAGGAUGCUGAGCGCAGAAAAUGGAGUCACCGUGUACUUCCACGCUAUCGUCUCCAAGCACUUUGCGUUCGACGCUGAUGUCCACAGAGUGUUUGUCAGAGGGGGAGAGGAGCUCGGGAGGAAAGGCUGGACUGAUGCUUGUGAGAUGUACUACAGCAAGGACCUGCAUGACCUCGGGUCUCUCAUCGAGGGCAGCCUGGUCAUUCCCAGACAGAGCCUGGACAAAAACAUCCCUUAUAAGUAUGUCAUCCACCACCGCGGCAGCAAGGACACCGUGGAGUAUGAGUUCAUCUACGAAGACCCGCAGAAGAAGGGCGAGCACGUGAACCGCUGCCUGUGUGUGCGCUCUGCUCUCUUGGGUGCUGGAGGUCUUUCUGUCCCUUCUGUCUCCUUAGACUGGCAUCAGUAUGAUGACAUCAUCUGCAGGAAGCCCGGGAAGAUUCAGAAAGCUGUGGACAUUAUCACCGACGGCACAAGGAAGGACCUGGUGAGAGGGAAGAAGGAGGCGGCCGUGGUCAUGCUGGACCGCGUCUUCAGUGUGCUCCAUCCCUGGAGUGCCAUCAACCUGGAGAGCUUCAUGACCCAGUUCCAGCAGUUUUACUCUGUGGUCCGAGAGCCCGUCAUCUAUGAAAGAUGUGCAAGGCCAUGGAAGAGUCUGCAGCUUGAAGAGAAGGAGGUGAAGACAAACCUGUGGGAGCAUGUGAAGAAUCGGAUGGUGCUGCUUCUUGAAGGAAAGAGUGGGGACUCGCUGUCUGCCGCCCACCCCGAGAGGAGCAGACUGAGUCUGGGCCUGGCCAUUCUUUUCAUGGUAGAAGCAGUUGACUUUGCCGUACCAAAAAGUGGCCUGCAUUCACUGUGCCGUCUUCUCAUCCCGAGCGCUGCCUCAUCAGAUGCCCUCCGCACUGAUCUGAGCCCUGUCCUUAGCAAACCUCACAGGUGGCGGAUAUACCUGAUAAACCUGUGCCAAAGGUGCAUGGAUCAGGGUGUCAACCACUGGCUAGGCAUCCUGCCUAUCCUACAUUACUGUAUGCAGCUGCCUCUGCCCAGGGAGGACUCUGUGAGCCGGACGGAGGACACCUGGGCAGGCCUGGAAGGGCUCUCCUUCGCACACUUUCGGGAAAAAUCACCUACUAAGAGCCAGUUAAUCCAGUUCAUAGAGCAGAGACAAUCUCUGCUGCAUGUGGACGAGUACCUCUUCCGAUCCUGGUUCACCUUGGUCCCUCUGGAAAGCCUGAUUUCCUACUUGGAAAACUCCAUGGAAUACUUGAGUCAUGUGCCUGCUCGUGUCUUGGACUGUUUUCAGGGGAUUUCAUACCGGCUGCAAGGGAUGAAGAUCUCAUACCUGAACUUGGGGGAUGUCAAGAAAGUCUUUAAAAUGCUGUUGCACCUCGUGGACAUCUAUCAGGACACGAUUCUCGGGGGCACCCCAUUACAGACCUACUUGGCUGAGUGUCUGAACCUCCAUGAAACCGUUUGCAAGAUCACAACUAACGAACGCUUCUACCAGAUGCCAGCCUUGUCUGCUGAGAUUAUCUGUCAAAUGCUUAGGCUCAAACCUUCAGAGGAUGCUGCAGAGGGGCCAGGUGCUGAAGUUAGCGAAGUCCCAACCAGUGUCCUCCAGGAGACCCUGGCCAUCACAAGAAAGUGGCUCCGCAGCGUGUUUAAAAGCAGAAUGUUCUCCUUAGCCACUGGCCAGUUCACCUACUCUGAGGAGAUGGCGGUGUGGCGGCGGCUGGUAGAAAUCAACUUCCCAGGGACACAUGGCUGGAAGGAGUCAUUGCUGGGAGACUUGGAAAGGAGGUUCAAGCAGGAGUACCCCCGCUUGCGGAUCUCUGUCUUCUGCAGCAAUCAAUGGGAUCAUGCUGGCCUGCAUGACAGUGUGGCCAGGAUCUUUGAGAAGUCUGUCAUUGAAGCUGUGAGCUCUGCCUGCCAGUCUCAGACCAGUAUCCUUGAGGGACUCUAUUACCAGGAUUUGCGGAAAUUUGGCACCCUCUUAUCUGCUGUGAUCACCAAGUCCUGGCCUAGGAACAACGGGGAGGCUGUGGUUGACCUGGACGAAAUUUUCAAAUACCUGCUCGUGUGGCCAGAUGUGAAACAGCUCUUCAAACUGUGCGGAACCGAUGAGAAACUCUUAGCCAACAUGACCGAGGAAGGCAGGAAUCUGAUGGCCGUUGCUGAGUCUGUGUUCAGAAAGGUGGCAGGUGACCUUGUGAACGGCACCAUUGCGGUUGGACAGCUGGAGCUGAUCCUUGAGCACAGCAGUCAGUUUACUGACAUCUGGCACUUAAAUAGAAAAAGUCUGUCAUUCCAAGAUAUUGUCUGUGAUGUGAAAAACCUGCUGACCAGGAGGAACGAUGAUCUGCAGUUCCUCAAGAGAGAGAGGAGAUACGUGGAGAGCUUCCUGAGGCAGUGCGGGAUGGUGAAACACCAUGUGCAAGUGGACUUUGGAGAGAUUGAGGCGAUACACUCUGAAGACCUCAGCCGUAAGAAGCUAAAUGAAGCUGUGAUAGUGGCACUGCCUGACUCCUCAGCCACCGAGCGGAUGACACAUUACUGCCUGAGUCCUGAGACCCACGAAAUGGCUAGCAAGAUAGAUGCCCUGAAAGACAGCCACGUCUUCCAGAUCCUCUGGCAAGAGGCUGCAGGGGAGCUGAGAGAUUCAGACGAGGAUUCCAAAGUGUUGGAACUUGACCUUCCAGAGGCCUAUGAAUGCCUGUACUGUCCUUGCUAUGCGAAGUUCCUUAAUCUCUAUGAGGAUCUGAAGUCAGGAGAGAUCACCUUUGCCGAGGUCGAUAACUUCUUCAGAGACUUCGUAGAUAAGUAUGGUGACCUGACUGCUGACCUUCAGGCCAUGUGCACUGUGGACCCACAUCCCCAAAAGAGUUGGAUUCCACAGCGCGUGGUACAGAUUAAAGAAUACCACAGCCUGCACCAAGCCGUCAGCUCGGCCAAGGUCAUGCUGCAAGUCCGAAGCACUUUGGGUCUGACCGGUGACUUCAGUGUUCUUGACACGUUAUUAAACUUUACGGAUGCCUUUGAGGAGUUUCGUCAUGAAAAACUGGACCAGAUCAGCCUGCAGCUCAUUCAGGCCAAGAAGUUGCUCCAAGGCAUCAGUGAACCUCGCCACCGCUGCUUGAAGGAGCUGUCGCUGCAGACCAAGCUUGUGGACUGGCUGCGCGAGGCCCUGGGAGGCAUCAACGAACUCAAGGUGUUCGUGGACCUGGCCUCCAUUUCAGCCGGGGAGAAUGACAUUGACGUGGACAGGGUGGCCUGCUUCCACGAUGCCGUGCAGGGCUACGCUUCCCUGCUGUACAAGCUGGACACAAAUGCAGGUUUCUGUGAGUUCAUGGACCAUCUGCAAGAACUCUGGAGGGCCCUGGACAAUGACCAGCACCUGCCCAGUAAGCUGCGAGAUUCUGCCAGGAAUUUGGAAUGGCUGAAGACAGUAAAGGAAAGCCAUGGGUCUGUGGAGCUCUCGUCACUGUCCCUGGCCACAGCAAUCAAUAGCAGGGGCAUCUACGUGAUUGAGACCCCCAAAAGGGGCCAGAAUAUUUCCCUGGACACUGUUCUGUACCUCAUCCUCCCUGAGGACCACGGAGUUCAGGAGAUGCGGCGCAACUACUCUGCAGAAGAGCUGAAGGAGCUUUUGAAUAAGCUGAUGCUGAUGUCUGGCAAGAAAGACCAUAACAGCAAUGUAGAGGUAGAGAAAUUUUCAGAGGUCUUCAGCAAUGUGCAGCGGCUCGUGCAUGCCUUCAUAAACCUGCACUGUGCUGGCAAUAUGCUGUUCAGGACUUGGACCGCCGAGGUCUACUGCUGCCCCAGGCAGGGCGUCUCCAUCCGCAUAGACUUCCACUUGGGGCUGGUGAAGCAGCUGACAGGGAGCGGGGAUGUCAUCGAGCUCCUGGGAGCCCUCUGCCGGCAAAUGGAGCACUUCCUAGACCGCUGGAAGACGUUUGUGACCCAGAAGCGAGCAGAACACUUUUACCUCAACUUCUACACAGCUGAGCAGCUGGUCUACCUGAGCAGUGAGCUCAGGAAGCCCAGCCCCAGUGAAGCUGCCCUCAUGAUGCUGUCCUUCAUCAAACGCAACUGCACUGCCCAUGAUAUCUUAGAGGUCACUAGGUUCUGUGAUGGCAAGACGGCCAAACACUGCCAGAGAGAUUGGGUGGAAAUGUACUCUGAGUGCGGCCUGGUGGGCAAGCUUCAGGCCAUCAUGGAGCAGUCCAGAGUGUGCAAGAGCACCUUCCUGCCAGACUGCCUGGACCUGGACACCCUGGGCUGCUGCCUGGCUCAGCUGGCCAGGAUGGGAGGGCCUCCCGUGCAGCGGCCUCUCCCCAAGGGCCUGCAGGCUGGCCAGCCCAACCUGGUCUUGUGUGGCCACUCUGAGGUGCUGCCGGCUGCCCUGGCCAUCUACGUGCAGGCCCCUGGGCAGCCCCUACCCACCUUCGACGAGGUGCUGCUCUGCACCCCAGGGACCACAUUGGAGGAGGUGGAGCUACUUCUGCGCCGCUGCCUCACGCUGGGCUCCCAGGGGCACAAGGUCUACAGCCUGCUGUUCGCUGACCGGCUCAGCUAUGAGGUGGGCUGCCAGGCAGAGGUGCUCUUCCAGAAGUUGUGCACGCAGCGCCACCGCGAAGACUACCAGUUGGUGAUAGUGUGCGACGCUGCCCGGGAGCACUGCUGCAUCCCCUCCAUUUUCAGUCAGUACAAAGUCCUCCUGGUGCCCCAGGCUCCCCUCCUGGACAUCCAGACCUACCUGGAGAACCACUAUCAGGUCCCAAGGCAGACCCGGUCGGCGGCUGAGGUGUUCAGAGACCGGAUGUGUGUUGGAAUCGUGACCUCAGAAAGAGCUGGAGUUGGGAAGUCGCUCUAUGUGACCAGAUUGCACGAAAAGCUAAAAACAAAGCUCGACAAUGAAAAUGUGCCUUUAAAAAUUAUUCGGUUGACAGACUCUCAGGUCGAUGAGAACAGAGUCCUGAGCUCCCUCCUGCCGUUCUUGAAGAAGAAAUACCAGAAAAUGCCUGUGAUAUUCCACAUUGACGUGACCACUUCAGUACAGACUGGAAUUUCGGGCUUUCUUUUCAAACUCCUCAUUUUGCAAUACCUGAUGGAUAUAAGCGGGAAAAUGUGGCAUCGGAACCCAUGCCAUUUAUAUGUCGUUGAAAUCCUUCAAGGGAAUUUAGUACGGCCCAGAAGGACUUCUAAACAGACUGCCCGUGCCCCCUCUUUCAGUUUUCUUGACAUCUUCCCCAAAGUCACCUGCCAUCCUCCCAAGGAAGUGAUAAACAUGGAACUGACUCCCGAGAGGAGUCACAGAGAGCCUGGAAUGGACCACAUGGAGUUCUGCAGUGAGGCUUUCCAAAGACCUUACCAAUAUUUAAAGCGGUUCCACCAAAAACAAAACCUGGACGUGUUUCAGUACCAAGAAGGCUCUGUGGAAGGCUCCCCCGAGGAGUGCCUGCAAUACUUCUUGAUUUACUGUGGCAUGAUAAACCCUUCCUGGUCAGAACUUCGGAACUUUGCUCGGUUCCUGAACUGUCAGCUCAAAGACUGUGAGGCUUCUGUGUUCUGCAAUUCAGCCUGCACUGGGGAUGCCCUCAGGGGCUUCAAGAACUUUGUGGUUACCUUCAUGAUCUUUAUGGCAAGAGAUUUCGCCACACCAACUCUUCACACCUCAGACCAAAGUCCAGGUAAGCACCUGGUCACCAUGGAUGGAGUUGCGGAAGAAGACCUAGCUCCCUUCUCUCUCCGAAAGAGGUGGGAGUCAGAGCCCCACCCAUAUGUCUUCUUCAACGGUGACCGAAUGACAAUGACAUUCAUAGGUUUUCAUCUGCAGUCUAAUGACCAUGGCUAUGUGGAUGCCAUCAAUCACUUGACAGGAAAGGUCCUCAAGAAAGAUGUCAUGACAAAAGAACUGUUCGAUGAGCUGAGGCUUCAGAGAGUACCCUUCAACAUUGACUUUGAUAAUUUGCCCAGACACGAGAAACUUGAAAGACUCUGCCUGGCACUAGGGAUUGAGUGGCCCAGUGACCCUGAUGAGACAUAUGAGCUUACCACAGACAAUAUGCUUAAGAUCCUGGCCAUUGAGAUGCGGUUCCGGUGUGGGAUCCCAGUUAUAAUCAUGGGAGAAACCGGCUGUGGGAAAACCAGGCUCAUUAAAUUCCUUAGUGACCUGCGGAAUAGUGGUGUGGAGACAGAAACUAUGAAGUUGGUGAAGGUCCAUGGAGGGACGUCUGCAUCCAUGAUCUACUCCAAGGUCAAGGAGGCACAGAGCUUUGCCUCAUCCAAUAAGGUCCAGCACGAGUUGGACACCAUCUUGUUCUUUGAUGAAGCCAAUACCACGGAAGCUGUGAGCUGUAUCAAAGAAGUCCUGUGUGACCGGACGGUGGACGGCGAGCACCUUAAGGAGGACUCUGGCUUGCACAUCAUCGCUGCCUGUAACCCUUACCGGAAACACUCCCAGGAAAUGAUCCUCCGCCUGGAGUCAGCUGGUUUGGGAUACAGAGUCAGCGCAGAGGAGACUGCAGACAGGCUGGGCUCCAUCCCCCUGCGGCAGCUGGUGUACCGCGUCCAUGCUCUGCCUCCAAGCCUCAUUCCUCUGGUGUGGGAUUUUGGACAGCUGAAUGACGCUGCUGAAAAGCUCUACAUCCAGCAGAUCGUCCAGAGACUGGUGAACUCCAUCAGCAUCAAUGAAACUGAGAUGCAGGUGAUCACAGGCGUGCUCUCCACCUCACAGCGGUUCAUGAGGAAGAGGGAGAAUGAGUGUGGUUUUGUGAGUCUCAGGGAUGUGGAGCGCUGCGUCAAAGUUUUCAGAUGGUUUCAUGACCAUAGUGAGAUGCUCUUAGACAAGCUGAAUGCUUUUCUCGGUCAGUCUGGUGACAGCAGUCACAAUUUUAAGAGAGAUCCUGUUCUCUGGUCCUUGGUGAUGGCCACUGGGGUAUGCUACCAUGCCUCAUUAGAAGAGAAAGAGUCCUACCGCGCAGCCAUUGGCAGGUGCUUUCCAGUACCAUACAACGACAGCAAGGUUAUCCUGGAUGAGAUCACACAAGUACAGGACCUUUUUCUGAGUGGGGCACCCAUAAGGACAAACAUAGCCAGGAACUUGGCUCUGAAGGAGAACGUCUUCAUGAUGGUCAUCUGCAUUGAUCUUAAGAUCCCCCUCUUCCUGGUGGGGAAGCCUGGCAGCUCCAAAUCCCUUGCCAAGAUCAUCGUGGCAGAUGCCAUGCAAGGCCAGGCCGCCUACUCUGAUCUCUUCCGCUGCCUGAAACAGGUCCAUCUGGUGUCAUUCCAGUGCAGUCCCCACUCCACCCCCCAGGGCAUCAUUGGCACCUUCAAGCAGUGUGCCCGCUUCCAGCAGGGCAAGGACCUGCAGCAGUAUGUCUCCGUGGUGGUGCUGGACGAGGUCGGGCUGGCAGAAGACUCACCCAAAAUGCCCCUGAAGACUCUGCACCCCCUGCUGGAAGAUGGCUGCAUUGAGGAUGACCCUGCCCCGCACAAAAAAGUAGGCUUUGUUGGCAUUUCCAACUGGGCUCUGGAUCCUGCCAAGAUGAACCGGGGCAUUUUUGUGUCACGAGGCAGUCCCAGUGAGAAAGAGCUCAUAGAGAGCGCAGAGGGGAUCUGCUCUUCCGACAGGCUGGUUCAGGACAGAAUCCGAGGGUACUUUGCACCCUUUGCCAAGGCCUAUGAGACAGUGUGUCAGACUCAGGACAAGGAGUUCUUUGGGCUUCGUGACUAUUAUAGCCUCAUCAAGAUGGUCUUUGCCAAAGCCAAAGCUUCUAACCGGGAGCCUUCCCCACAAGACAUUGCUCAUGCUGUCCUAAGGAACUUCAGUGGUAAAGACGAUAUCCAGGCUCUGGACAUCUUCACAGCCAGUUUGCCAGAGGCCAGGUACACAGAAGAAGUCAGCACUGUAGAACUGAUCAAGCAGAACAUUAACAGUGGUCAGCAGAGGGCAUCUGGCGGGGAGCAGGACAGUGCCGAGGCCCGCUACUUGUUGGUGCUGACCAGGAACUACGUGGCCCUGCAGAUCCUGCAGCAGAAAGUCUUUCGUAAGGAUCAGCACCCUGAGAUCAUUUUUGGCUCCAGCUUUCCCCAGGACCAGGAGUACACCCAGAUCUGCAAGAACAUCAACCGGGUAAAGAUCUGCAUGGAGACCGGGAAGAUGGUGGUGCUACUGAACCUGCAGAGCCUGUAUGAGAGUCUGUACGAUGCACUCAACCAGUACUACGUCUACCUUGGGGGCCAGAAGUACGUGGACCUGGGUCUGGGGACCCAUCGAGUGAAGUGUCGCGUCCAUGCCAACUUCCGCCUGAUAGUCAUUGAAGAGAAGGACGUGGUGUAUGAGCAGUUCCCCGUGCCCCUCAUCAACCGGCUGGAGAAGCACUACUUGGACAUCAACACCGUGCUGGAGGGGUGGCAGAAGAGCCUCAUGCAUGAGCUGGCACAGUGGGCAAGCGAGUUUGCAGACACGAAGGGGGACCCGUUCCUGUCCAGGCACAAAUACAGCCCUGCGGACGUCUUCGUCGGUUACCACUCUGACGCCUGCGCCUCGGUGGUGUUGCAGGCCGUGGAGGGGCUGGGCCCUGGGGACCUGUCGGAGGAGAUGUGCCGAGAGGUGGCCAAGGAGGCCAAGCUCAUCCUGCUGGAUUGUGCCACUCCAGAUGCGGUGGUCCGGCGGAGCGGCUCCUCACUGGACUCCUUUGCUGCAGAGUACUACUACAGGCAGCAGCACAACUCCUUCGCAGACUUCCUCCAAGCCCACCUGCGCACGACCCAUCCUCAGAGCCAUGCUGUCUUCACAGAGAUUACCACUUUCUCCAGACUGCUGACCAGUCAUGACUGUGAAGUCUUAGAAUCUGAGCUGGCAGGGUUGUCCUCAAAGCCCAUGGUCCUGUCACUGGAGCAGUUUGACACUGAAUACUCAUUCCUUAAGGAAGUCCGAACCUGCUUGACAAACACAGCCAGGUGUAAAAUCCUCAUCAUCCAGACGGACUUCGAUGAUGGUGUCCACAGCGCUCAGCUCAUCGCCUCUGCCAAGUAUUCAGCCAUUAAUGAAAUCAACAAAACACAAGGCACUAAGGACCGAGUCUUUGUCUAUUUCAUCACAAAGCUGUCCCGCAUGGGAAGUGGAGCAGCCUACGUGGGAUUCCAUGGAGGGUUGUGGCGGUCUGUGCACAUCGAUGACCUCCGCAGAUCCACACUCAUGGCCUCAGACGUGACCAAGCUACAGAGCGUCACGAUCAGCCAGCUGUUCAAGCCAGCGGACAAGCCUGAGCCUGAGUCAGGAGGUGGCAGUCUAGGGAUACUGGCAGGUGACCCAGAGGAGGAGAUGGAGACAGAGACCAGCAAGCCAGGGGAGGUGGCGGAGGAAGAAAUGGAAGUGGAAAGUCCAGAGGAGAUGGAGCACAAGGCCUCUGACCCAGGAGGCUGUGAUGUCCCUCAGUGUUCACAGGUACUAGACACUACCAGACUGCUGCGGAGUUGUGUGCAGAGCGCCGUGGGCAUGCUCAGAGACCAGAAUGAGAGCUGUGCACGCAACAUGAGGAGGGUCACCAUACUUCUCGGCCUCUUAAGUGAAGACAGCACGUGCAGUGCCUAUUUCUUGAGGGUGUCCAAGAUGCGCCUCCAUGUUCUUCUAAAGAAGCAGGAGGAGAACCAGGUCCGCAGUCUGAAGGAAUGGGUCACCAGGGAGGCUGCAAACCAGGACGCCCUCCAGGAAGCGGGCACCUUCAGGCAUACCCUUUGGAAGCGGGUCCAAGGCGUGGUCACUCCAUUCCUAGCAAGCAUGAUAUCUUACAUCGACAGGGAUGGCAAUCUAGAGCUACUGGACCAACCCGAGUCACCAGCCUGGGUCCGAGAGCUUUGGAUGUUUAUCUUCAGUGACAUUAAGUUCCUGAACAUUCCUCUUGUGAUGAAUAACACGAGGUCUAAAACCGAGAUGUCCUCCAUCCUGGUGCAGAGCCACAUGAAUCUGUUUAAGAAUGCGUGCAAUGCUGUCCCGUUCAGCUGGAGAAUCAGGGACUUCCUGGAGGAGCUUUGGGUCCAGGCUCAGUAUAUCACUGACACAGAAGGAUUGUCAAAGAAGUUAGUAGAAAUCUUCCAGAAGACUCCCCUGGGCAAGUUUCUUGCUCAGCUUCCUGUGGCUCAGCAGCAGGAACUGCUACAGUGCUAUAUGAAGGACUUCCUGCUCUUGACCUUGAGAGUGUCUUCGAGGGAACAGUUAAAGUUUCUGCAGAUGGCCCUGUGGUCCUGCCUCAGUGAGUUUCGAGAAGCAUCAAGAGUGCUUGAGGAAGGACUCUCCUUGCCCUGGGUGCACCUGGCCUAUCAGCACUUCAGGACCCGGCUGCAGAACUUCUCCAGGAUCUUGACCAUCCAUCCCCAGGUUCUGCACAGCCUCACCGAAGCGGCACAGAAGCAUGACUUGGUUGGAUGUGAGAUGAUACUGGAUGCAUUUGCAGCAAUGGCCUGUGUUGAAAUGCUGAAGAGAGACAUCCUGAAGCCAUCUCCCCAGGCCUGGUUACAGCUGGUGAAGACUCUGUCCAUGCCUCUGGAGCUUAUCUGUUCCGACGGGUAUUUGCAAGACAGUGGGAAUAUGACCAAAGCUGUCAUCCAAGGGGUCAGAGCCCAGUGGAAUCGUAUUUUCUCUAUCGCUCUCUUUGUGGAUCACGUUCUCCUGGGGACCGAGAGCCAGGUUCCAGAGCUGACUCAACUGGUGACCAAGUAUGUCUUCUUGCUAGACAAGUGCCUUGAGGAGGACCCUGACAUCAAGACCUUCAGGCCUUUUAAGGCUGUAAUGACCACUCUGUGUGAAUGCAAGGACAAAGCCAGCAAGACCUUGACCAGGUUUGGUGUUCAGCCGUGCCCCAUCUGCCUGGGAGAUGCCUGGGAUCCUGUCUGUCUGCCCUGUGAGCAUGUGUUCUGUCUGCCUUGCAUCAAAGCCUGGCUCAUCCCAGGACAAAUGAUGUGCCCCUACUGCUUAACAGACGUGUCAGACACGUUCUCACCAACUGUUUCCCAGGAACACAGAAAAGUUAUUGAGAAGCACGCCCAGUUCCGGCAGAUGUGCAACAGCUUCUUCGUGGACCUGGUGUCCACCAUGUGCUUCAAAGAUAACACCCCUCCUCAGAAGGCAGUAAUCCACAGCCUGCUGUCCUUACUCUUCGUACAAAAGGAGCUGCUGAGAGAUACUUUCCAGACUGCAGAACACCGUGAACACACAAAAUCUCUGUCUCCAUUUGAUGAUGUCAUCGACAAGACUCCUAUCAUCCGCUCUGUGGUGUUGAAGCUGCUUUUGAAGUACAGCUUCCACGAAGUAAAAGGUUACAUUCAGGAUUACUUGUCCCAGUUAGAGAACAAAGCAUUCUUAGCUGAAGAUAAAACAGAACUCUACCUGCUCUUCAUCAACUGCCUGGAGGACUCAGUGCAUGAGAAGAGAAGUUCUGGCUGCAGAAGUAACGAGCAGAGCCGCCUGAGAGAGGAAGGCUGUUUCCUCAGGACCUGUUCCCCCGGAAGCCAAGGCCAGGAGCCUGCCACCGCUGCCUCGGUGGACUACCUACAAGAGGUGGCCAGAGUCCGCCUGUGCCUUGACUGGGCAGCUGACUUCCUCUCAGAGCUUCAGGAGGGUUCAGAGCUGGCUGAGGAUAAGCAGUGCUUCCUGAAGCACGUUGAGCAGUUCUGCAACCGCGUCAAAAACGACUGGCACCGAGUGUACCUAGUGAGGACGCUUUCGAGCCAGCGUGGGAUGGAAUUUGUGCAGAACUUCUCUCGGCCCGGCCAUCCAUGCCAGUGGGUGUUUCCCAGGGAUGUCAUCGCACAGCAGAAGGACCAUCCAGGCCAGAUGGACCGGUACCUAGUGCAUGGCCAUGAGUACAAGGCUCUUCGUGACGCAAUGGGCAAAGCUGUGCUUGAGUGCAAGACCCUAGACAUUGGGGCAGCUCUGACGGCCUGCAGGAGUUCCAGAGCCCAGCAGACAACCUACUUACUGCUGGCCCUGUACAGAGAGGUGGCUGUUUUGUACCGUUCCCACAAUGCCAACCUCCACCCAAAACCAGAGCAAUGCGAGGCUGUUAACAGAUUCAUUGAGGAAAGCAAGAUCCUUUCUGCUCCUAAUGUCAGACACCUUGCAAAAUCCCUGGUAGCUAAUGAUCUGCCUCUGCUGAGGAGGGGCUCCAAUAAUAGCAGCCUUGAAGGAACAGUCGCUGAAAUGGCCAUCCACGCUGCAGCCAUCUUCCUGUGUGGACAAAAUAAAGUCUUGGAACCUCUGAGGAAUUUGGCCUUCUAUCCAGCCAACAUGGCGAAUGCUUUUCUUCCAACGAUGCCUGAAGACCUGUUGGUUCAAGCCAAGAGUUGGAAGGGCCUGGGAAAAGUCCACUGGUACACUUGUCCAAAUGGUCAUCCGUGUUCUGUGGGAGAGUGUGGCAUGCCAAUGGAGCAGAGCUUCUGUGUGGACUGCGGUAUUCAGAUCGGAGGCCUCAGUCAUGUACCGAACAAGGGCUUCGAGAUGAUCAAAAGCAAUGAGGACAGAACUCAGACUGGCCACGUGUUGGGCAACCCACAGCCUGUUGGUGCAGCAGUGGCAUCUGACCGGGGACUGUCUCCAGUGGUCUUCAUCCUUACCCGAUUACUCACUCAUCUGGCUCUGCUUUUGGGGGCCACUCAGAAUCGCGAGGCCCUGAUGGAGAUCAUUAAGCCUCAGGUCCAGGACCCACAGGGCUUCCUACAGCAGCACAUCCAGAGAGACCUGGAGCAGCUGACCAAGAUGCUGGGCAAGACUGCUGACGAGACCACCCACGUGGUGCACCUCGUCCUGUGCCGCUUCCUCAAGGAGCAGCACCCUGUGUUUGGCCAGAGGACUUUGAAUUUUAAUGCUGAACUGUCAACCAAAGGGUACAGAAACAACUGGGAGAAGCACGUCGAAGCUCUUCUUCUGCCUGAACUGGAGCAUCUCGACAAAACCCUGCCAACUGUAAAUGCUCUCAUCAGCCAAGAUGAGCGCAUCAGCUCCAACCCUGUGGCUAAAAUCAUAUAUGGGGACCCAGCGACCUUCCUGCCCCACCUACCCCAGAAAAGUGUGGUUCACUGCUCGAAGAUAUGGAGCUGUAAGAAGAAGAUCACAGUGGAGUACCUCCAGCACAUCGUAGAGCAGAAGAAUGGCAAGGAGGCCGUGCCUGUCCUCUGGAAGUUCCUCCAGAAGGAAGCAGAACUUAGGCUGGUGAAAUUCUUGCCUGAGAUUUUGGCCCUGCAAAGAGAUCUAGUGAAACAGUUCCAGAAUGCUUCAGAAGACAAAUACAGCUCCAUCAGCGGUUUUAUUAGCAGUCACCGUUCAGAUGGGCUGAGGAAGUUGUUUCAUGAUCGAAUCGCUAUCUUUCUGUCCACAUGGAACGCACUGAGGCGGUCUCUGGAGACCAAUGGUGAGAUCAAGCUACAUACAGAUUACUGCCACUCUGAUUUGGAUCUGGAUGCUGAUUUUGAGGUCAUCCUACCACGUCGACAGGGCCCAGGCCUCUGUUCAACUGCCUUAGUCAGCUACUUAAUCAGCCUACACAAUGAAAUGGUCUAUACAGUGGAAAAGUUCUCCAAGGAAAACAACAGCUAUUCUGUAGAUGCCUCUGAGGUUGCUGACCUGCACGUCAUCAGCUACGAGGUGGAGCGGGACCUGACUCCACUGAUUCUCUCCAACUGCCAGUACCAAGUGCAGCAAGGUGGGGAAACCUCACAGGAGUUUGACCUGGAGAAGAUCCAGCGGCAGAUCAGUAGCCGCUUCCUCCAGGGCAAGCCCAGGCUGACCCUCAAGGGAAUACCCACCCUGGUAUACAGACGUGACUGGAACUAUGAACAUCUCUUUAUGGACAUCAAGAACAAAAUGACACAGAACCCACUCCCCAGCUCGGCUAUCAGUGCCAUCAGUGGACAGCUACAGUCCUACAGCGAUACCUGUGAAGCCCUGUCUAUCACAGAAGUCACCCUGAGUUUCCUGAGCACAGCUGGUGGGGAUCCUGGCAUGGACCUGAAGGUGUACAUCCAAGACAGUUUGCAAAUGGGUGAUCAGACAACUCUGGUCUUAAAGGCCUUAAACAGAUGUCAGCUGAGACACACCAUUGCCCUCUGGCAGUUCCUGUCUGCCUAUAAGUCAGAACAGCGGCUGCGACUGAAGAAGGAGCCGUUCCAGGAGAUCAGUGUGGAGUACAAAAAAGACCUCAGCCAGCAGCAUGCCAGGCUCCUCAGCACAUUCCUGAAUGAGGCAAGCCUGGACGCCUUCCUCCUGGAGCUCCAUGAAAUGAUUGUGCUGAAGCUCAGGAGGCCCCAGGCCGAGGGCAGCUUCAACCCCAAGUGGAGCCUCAGGGACACUCUAGUAAGUUACAUGGAGACUAAAGAGAGUGAUGUCCUUCCAGAAGUGGAAUUCCAGUUCCCAGAAGAGAUACCCAUGUCCAACUGCAUCUCAGUGUGGAAAGCGGCUGCCACACAGAAACUGAACCGGCAAGCGAGGUAGAGCAGCUCCCUCAGCUCAGCCUCCCUGCGUGGCUCCCAACUGGGCUGUGGCCUUUGUUCGAGCCCAGAAGGAAUGUGGGUGCAGCCCUGAACUCAAGGCGUGUAUGUGCUAUACAAGUAUUAUGAACAUCAAGCAGUUUCUGGAACACGUGCCUAUUUCAGAACUUUCCCAUGUAAUGACAUGAACUGACAUUCAACCUUAUGUGAAUUCCAGGGGGAACAAGAAAGUGCUAUAGUCAUAUCCAACACCAGUCCUCAAGACCGCCAGCCUCUGACCUCAUGCUCUGACCACCAGGUCCCUUCCUCCUCGCUUUACUACGUACAGGGAGGAAAAACACCAGGGUAGUGACUUUUGUUCUACGUGUACAGAAAAGAUUCUGGUCUUUUUCUUUCUCCCAGUCCCUUAACUUCUGAGUAUUCCACACAUAUUUCUUGGUUUCCACCAUGUAUGAAAAGUGCCACACUAAGGCCAAGCGUGGUGGCGCACGCCUUUAAUCCCAGCACUCAGGAGGCAGAGGCAGGCGGAUCUUUGUGAGUUCGAGGCCAGCCUGGUCUACAUAGUGAGUUCCAGGCCAGCUGGGGGCUACAGGGAGACCCUGUCUCAAAAAGACAAAAAAAAAGAAAAAAAAAAAAGCGCCACACUAACAGAAGAAGAUCCAAGUGUCUAUGAAUGCUGUAAGGUCACGUCAACACGAGCUGAUACAUCCCAGCCCCCAACAGUGAGUCACUGCCAAAUUGCAAAGGAUCAAAGCCAGACCCUCUGAGAGAGCACUGAACUAGGAGUCAGGCCACGAAUGAACUGGAGAGCAAGGAACGUAGAGGUAGAUGGUAGAGCACUUGCCUGCCAUGUGCAAAGCCCUGGGUUCUCUCCCCAGCACUGAAGAAGGAAAAAGGGGGAACACAAUAAAAUGAAGUUGGUUGGUGGCCAGAGUGCCAAUACUUGAAGUCUAGGGCCCACGUAUUUUUGAGCUAUAAAAACCGAAUGGUGGUCAGAGCACAUCCAAGGACAUGACACCCGUCCACCCCUGCAGGGGUGCAGUGGGAACUGCACUCUGAUCUGACCUUCUCCUCGUGCCUGAUGCAGGGACCAAAUCCCAUUGGUAACUCAUUUCAGAAUGUGUUCCUGCAUGUGGCAAUCUGUGAUUGUCUUACUCCAGACUAUGCAAAGCCACCAUGUCUGUCCCCAGACAUCUGCAUCCCAGGUUGCCUGCUGGAUGGAGCAGGGUAUAGGGCUUGCUGAACUUUCCAACUUGGCCUUGGAACUCCUGCGAAACCUCAGAGUUGGGUUGAGCUUGCCCUAGCCAUCAGAGGGCAGCUCAGACCCACACUGGUUCCUGCUGUGAAAACCUUUUUUCCCUUUGGCCUAGGCAUUUUUUUUUUCUGUCAUGAAGAAUUUUUAAUUAAGAUGUUUCAUUUUGUAUGCUAUGUUUUUAAAGCCUGUUUUGUCAUCCUUUUUUUAAUAAACUUGGCUUUUGCUGCUAAA